AACAGCUAGAUAAUUCAUAACCCACGCUUCUGCUUUAUCUAUCAUAUUGAGGGAAGCCAGGUCAACCCACUGUUCUAUAGGUAUCUUGCACAAGCUAAAAUACUUGAAACACUUUUUAACCCACAUGUUUGCAUUACUACCAUCAAACUUAGGGAAUUCAAUUUUAGGGUUCAUACCUAAGGGUCUGGUUGGAUUAACCAUCUCAACUGGUGUAGAACUCUUGGAACUAGAUGAACUAUCCUUUGAAGCAGAGCUUUCAACAUCCUCCUUGCCAGCUUGCAGUAGCUUAAUCAGCUCUUCAAAGUUCUCAUCCAUCUUCUUGGAAGUGUCAGUAUUCCAUUUUUCUUGAGCUUGCAUUCUAUCUUCUAACACUUUGAUCUGCUUAUCCAUUGUCACCCACUAGUAGAAAAAUUGUCAAAAGCUCCCACUCAAAGGAUGCUCUUAUAUUACAAGGGCAACCUUUAGUUUGUAUAAUAAUGUUUUUUUUAAUUUUUUUUUGUAAGGUCUGUUGAUAAAGGAAAAGCGCAUCAUUUGUAAUUAUAUCUCUCUCCUCCUCACACGGUCACUGACCUCAUUGAUGCUUCCCUCUCUGCUUAGCAUCUCCUUCUCUCUCCCUACCACGCAUCUCCUCCUCCCUUCGAGCUCCAAUGGUGAUUGUUCUUGUUGCGACGGCGGAGCGGGUGGUGAAGGUGGUGCUUAUGGCACAAAAUCUUGCUUAGGGUUUCGAAUUUGGGGUUUUUCUUGGUCGCAUCUGACAAUGGUAUCACUUCUUAUUCCACCUCAUCUAAUCAGGGUGUCCCCAACAUCAAAGGUGUUGAAUUUGAGAGGGGAGAAGCUCGAGCUUAGCCUUAUUGACAUUGCAGAAAAGGAGUUUUUCCUGGACCUCUUCAGGCUGUUCAUUUUUCAUCAUCAUAAUCAGGCAAAUGUUUACUUCAUUCCACAGCAGGUGGUUGAAGAUUUUAAAUUGGAGAUGUUCGAUAGACAUAAGAAUCAUGUCAAAAAAGGCGUUGAAGUAGGAUUUUUCAAGAACAUUGCCUUAUUCACCGGAGGAGAUUAAUGAGGUGAAAGAUUUUUGGGCAGAUUAUUUCAUGAACAAUGUCGAAUUUUUAGCUUAAUUUGUAAUAUGAACUCGAUCUCUAGCUAGCUACCUUUGUUGUAAUAAUUUUAUGUUUGUUGUAACAUGUUGGUUGAUCUAUGACGAAUUUAAUUGCCUUUUAUUGAGAACGUUAAUUACGUUGUAAACUUUUGUGACAGGUAUUAUUUAUAAAUGUAUUCCCGGCAUUGGGUAGCGUCUACUUUCA